AUGGACAUCGAGAAGGGGAAGGAAUGCACGAUGAAGACAGAUUUGAGCGUCUUCGAGAACAUGCGGUGGGAAGAGGAAGUCAGUGGUGUCGUCGAAAUAUCCAUGUAUGCAAGUGGUACUGCAGAUCAGGUCAGAGAUAUCAUCGUGAGAUUCGAGCCGACCGUCAUUUCAGAUAGCCAAACCUACACGAGGGAUGAGCGCUGUCUUCAAAUGCCAAAGAGAGCAAACAGCAACAUGAUGUUAACCGAUAGCCGCAACGGAGAUGAAGAGAUUGAAGAAGAUGAGGCUGGUACUUGGUUGGGUGAUAUGUGGGAGAGUUCCACGACACCCGCCGACAUCGAAUUUGAUGUGGAACCCAAGAUAGACUUGAGCGCUGGACGCAUGGUGCCGGGAUAUUCCGGCAGGCUGUAA